UCUCUGUGUUGUUGUUUUUGUGCACUGAUUUGCUUUAUCCUUGCCAGUUGUAAAUGAGAAUUUGUUCUCAAUUGGCCUACCUGGUUAUAUAAAGGUAAACUAUUUAUUUAUAUAUAUAAAAUAUAUAGAUAUAAAUUCCCGCCCCAGUUUGCUCUCGGGAACCCCCGCACGCUGCUCAUUCUCUCCAGGAGCUGUCACCCUGUCUCUCUCUCUCCUCUCUCUCAAACUGACACACACACCAAGUAGCUCGAGCCCCAGUGGAGACGCUGCUGACGCUCUGCUCGCUCCACCGACAACACCGAGUCACGUUCUGUUCUUCUCUCGCUCCACCGACAACACCGAGUCACGUUCUGUUCUUCUCUCGCUCCACAGACAACACCAAGUCACGGUAUGUUCUUCUCUGGCAGAACCGGAGAGCGAAAGCCCUUUAGGAUUCUAUCUAUCGCGUGUGAUAUUUGGAGCUGAACGACCGGUCGUGACGGAGGACGCGAGGGGAAAUACAAAAAAAGAGCGAAAGGGAGAAAAGAAAAGGUGGUGUCCUCCCAUCAGAAACACUCUGAGAGCAGCUUGACAGCACAGGACGGAAGGAGGGAGGGAGGGAGGGAGGGAGAGAGAGAGAGCCGACCAUCUGUGAAUCACAUCAAGGCAGCUGUGGUUAGAGUGGACUGCAGUUAUUUUACGAACGAGAGGCAGAGAGAUGGAGAGAAGGAGAGGGGGAUAGAAGUGGAGAGAAGGAGAGGGGGAUAGAAGUGGAGAGAAGGAGAGGGGGAUAGAAGUGGAGAGAAGGAGAGGGGGAUAGAAGUGGAGAGAAGGAGAGGGGGAUAGAAGUGGAGAGAAGGAGAGGGGAUAGAAGUGGAGAGAAGGAGAGGGGGAUAGAAGUGGAGAGAAGGAGAGGGGGAUAGAAGUGGAGAGAAGGACAAAAGGAGAGGGGGCAUGGGUGAGUUUCCAAGCCCAGGACGGUGAACCCUGAUCAGGGGGUUAGACCAGGCCUCUGGAGUUCCUUUGGAGAGAUGAGGACCUCUGAGAAGACAGUGUUUAGACACAGGUGAAAAUCAAAUGAAUCCUGACUCUAAUGGAUCCUGUCAUUACAACAUGGAUUGACCUUUUCUUCUUCUGAUCUGAAGGAAUAUUUCAGUUUUUUAUGUGGAUGUUUUUCUGUGUGGAAAUGUGUCUAUAUUUUCUGCAUGCAUUUGGAGUUUCAAAUCUGUCUGGUGUGGAUUUUAAGGAGGCUGUUUAGUUGACUGUGGAUCUGAAACUGCCUCCACUCAUCUGAAGGGAUUUAAACAACUAUUUUUUUGGAUUUUUUUCACAUGUUGUGUUUUUUUCCUAUAUGUUUUUUUCCCGUGCAGUAGUUGAGACUGCUUUUUAACCUUGGUAACCAAGCGGUAACCAGGCGUCAACUGAGCGGUAACCAUGGCAGCAGCCUAUCGCGUGGUAGUGAGCAGUGUUAGUUGCUACAGCAGCGUGGUGGUGGACCGCCGGGCUCAGAGUCACGCGGUGCACUACUGCUCCGGGUCAUGUGGGGCGCUGUCCCAGGGACUGGACUGUACUGUUGCCCAUCGCAGCACCUGCUCCGAGCUGCUGACCGCCCCCUCACACACAUUCACACACAACCUGACCCGAAACGCUAACUCUCCUCACCAAAUCCCCAACAGCUCUAAACUUAGUAUGACCGGCUGUAAUGGGGGUAGUGGUGUUCCUAAUGAUCCUAACAGUGUGUAUGGUGUGGUGGGGGAGGACAGUCCUCCAUGGCGAGGUAAGAAGGCCAACACUACCACCACUACUACCAGCUCUGGUCCUGACCGGCCUCUCCAGAGCUCUGCCAGUCUGAAGGACAUCACAGGAGAAGCCAUCAACCUGGCCAGUGGCAAACUCAAAGAGUUCUCCUUCGAGAAGCUCCGCCUCUCCACCAGUCACGUGACCUUCAGGAAAGGUCGCAAGGUCAGGCCGGACUCGUACAGCCGUCGGUCAACGGACCUCGACAUCGUCUACGGACACUUCACCGGGAACGUCGGAGGAACGGGGAAUGGAACUAUUACCGGAAAUGGAAACGCCAAUGAUGAGAACCUGCCUCCUUUCAGCGACACCACCAAGGUGCUCAAAGGCCUAUCGCCUGCUAGCAUCACCGCCGGGGGCGGGUCUCUAUCCACAACCAGCCUAUCCAGUGUCUCCAGGGCUGGGGGCGGGUCCACCAGUAGCCUAUCCAGCGCCUGCUCUGGUUCCUUGGAGGCGGGGCUAAACACAGUGGCGUCUCUCUACCUCAGCUCAUUAGCCGACGAGUCCCUCAUCGCCCGGUUACUGGAGAAGACCCGUGCAGGGGAGGAGGGAGGAGUGGGAGGAGCAGGGGGGGAAGACAUACGGGCCUGUCUGGACAUUCUGGUCAAGUGUUCAGAGGACUUGAAGAAAUGUACUGACAUCAUCAAGCAGUGUAUCAGUAGGAAGAGUCCCGGGGGAGGGGAGGAUGGGGGAGCCAGUCCAGAGAGCAUCUACAGAGCUGUGAUGACUAGACUGAGCUCCUAUCUGAGGAAACUGCCUCUAGAGCUGGAGGGGGCUGGGUUAGGGUUAGGGUCAGGGGCUGGAGGUCAAGGGUCAGGGAUUGGAGGUCAUAGCGAGUUGGCCGAGCUGGUUAGUAGUCUCCAUAUGCUGCAGCAAGCUGCUGUCCCCUUCUCACCCAUAUUUGGGAAUGAUCAACCGCCACGGUAUGAGGACGUUGUUCAGAACCCUCCUUUACCCAAGAGCAGGGAUAUACUGCCACCCUCGUCACUCGCUCCAGGCUCUUCUCUCUCUUUGUCCACUAUGCCUGAGACAGCAGGGAGACAUAAGGUUCAGACCAACGGGCUGCAGCACACACACACUCUGUCACACACACACCCUCCCUCACCGCACACACACACGUUGUCCGUUUCUACCCCUCCAUCCCAGGCACACACACCUUCCUUGCAAACGCACACUCCGUCAGCGCGCACACACACUCCGUCCAUCUCCCCCAUGGAGGCUCUCUUCAUUGAAGAGGACGCAGACCUGGGAAGGGGGCUGAACAGGGCUUCCAGACACACACACUCACACACCCCGACCAGAAGCCUCACACACACUCACAGUCGGAACGGGACAGCUUUUAGUCCACACACACCCCCCAGCUCCGCGCACACACACCUCAGCCCCAAUCUGUCACACGUACACGUUACACACACACUCCAGUCUGCUGGUGAAGACCUCACCUGCCCCCCAACCUCCGAACACACCCCUUCUGUCACUCAUAGAGACCACGACAUCGACAGGCUUCUGAUGGACUUGGAGUGUCUGUCACAGAGCAUGGGUCGGGAGAGAGACCGAGUCAGAGAGGGAGAGAGAGAAAGAGAGGCGGAGCCCCCUCUCCCCGUUAAGACCAGACAGAGGGGGACAGGACAGGGGAACACCUCCCCACAAACCCAACCCUGUCUCCAGACACAAACCCAAAUCAACCCCCAGGCUCAAAGGCCUGUUCCUGUUAGCCACCUAACCGCUAACGCCCAGGCCACGAGGUCGACCCCCAGCUCGCCUGCUCCUCUUCCACAGGCAGAGGACAGCAUGGCGGGGCUGGGAGAUGAGGAGGAUGGGGUCCUGCUGCUGAGGAUCCUGGAGAGCAUUGAGAGCUUUGCCCAGGAGCUGGUGGACUCUGGGGGUAGUCCUGGGAAUACUGGGAAGACUGGGGCUCAGAGCAAAGAGAAGGAGGUGAUGAGACUCCUACAGGACACUCUGGCUACUGCAUCCAAGACUGACACUCUGACGCAGGCCAAACUACCUGGAUCUCCACCAGCUGGGCAAGGUGACUAUGGACCUGUACAUGUGUCUGCCUCCACACCAACACCUGCACCCAGACUUACAGAUGGACCUGUACAUGUGUCUGCCUCCACACCAACACCUGCACCCAGACUUACAGAUGGACCUGUUCCUACGGCCCUACCUGUCUCUACAGCUCCCACACCUGUCCCUGCCCCUAUCCCCACAACCCUAGCAGAGUCUGUCUCUACAGCUCCCACACCUGUCCCUGCCCCUAUCCCCACAACCCUAGCAGAGUCUGUCUCUACAGCUCCCACACCUGUCCCUGCCCCUAUCCCCACAACCCUAGCAGAGUCUGUCUCUACAGCUCCCACACCUGUCCCUGCCCCUUUCCCCACAACCCUAGCAGAGUCUGUCUCUACAGCUCCCACACCUGUCCCUGCCCCUAUCCCCACAACCCUAGCAGAGUCUGUCUCUACAGCUCCCACACCUGUCCCUGCCCCUAUCCCCACAACCCUAGCAGAGUCUGUCUCUACAGCUCCCACACCUGUCCCUGCCCCUAUCCCCACAACCCUAGCAGAGUCUGUCUCUACAGCUCCCACACCUGUCCCUGCCCCUUUCCCCACAACCCUAGCAGAGUCUGUCGCCACAGACCAAGCUACACCUUCUGCCCCUAUCCCCACAACCCUAGCAGAGUCUGUCGCCACAGACCAAGCUACACCUUCUGCCCCUAUCCCCACAACCCUAGCAGAGUCUGUCGCCACAGACCAAGCUACACCUUCUGCCCCUAUCCCCACAACCCUAGCAGAGUCUGUCGCCACAGACCAAGCUACACCUUCUGCCCCUAUCCCCACAACCCUAGCAGAGUCUGUCGCCACAGACCAAGCUACACCUUCUGCCCCUAUCCCCACACCUGUUCCACCAACUACAGUCGUACCCACACCUUCAGAAGCAGCCGCUGGACGUCAACAUCCACCUGUAGCUGACCUGACAGCUGUACUUACCACCACGGCCACCCCUCCACCCUCCCCUGUCCCGCCCCCUACACCCACACCUGGAGAGGCACCUGUUGCAACCAUCGCUGCUCCUCCUGUUGCCGUGAGACACCCGGUUGCCCCAAGCGAUGUGGUUGCCCUGAGAGACAUCGGCUCGACGCUGCUCAUCCAGCAGACGCCUGAGGUGAUCAGAGUCCAGUCCAACAAGCAAGAUAAGAAAUCUGGCACCCCUCCUUCAGCCCCUCUCUCCCCCACCCCCUCCGUUCCUUCCCCCCACCUCUCCCCCUCUCCUCCCCCCACUCCAGUCGUCCUCACCCCUCCUCCUCCUCCUCCCCCUGCCCUCAACAUUCCCCGCUUCUACUACCCUCGAGGGUUACCGGGGGCAACAAAAGUCAACCACGAUGCGGCCAUCACUGCCAUAGAAACAGCCUUCACAGAGUUUGAGGAGGAGAAGGCUGAUAUUUACGAGAUGGGCAAGAUCGCUAAGGCAUGUGGCUGUCCUCUGUACUGGAAGGCAGCCAUGUUUAACGGAGCGGGAGGAGAGAGGACCGGCUUCGUCUCUGUUCACUCCUUCAUCGCUACCUGGAGAAAGUUGUUACAUAGUUGCUAUGACGAUUCGUCUAAGUUUAUCUACCUCCUAGCGAAGCCUGGCUGUUCCUACCUGGACCAGGAGGACUUCAUACCUUUAUUACAGGACAUAGUGGACACUCACCCAGGACUGACGUUCUUGAAGGAUGCCCCAGAAUUCCAUUCCCGUUACAUCACCACCGUGAUUCAGCGGAUAUUCUAUAUGGUCAACCGCUCGUGGACAGGUCGCAUCACCAUGACGGAACUACGCAGGAGCAACUUCCUGCAGACCCUGGCCCUGUUGGAAGAGGAGGAUGAUAUCAACCAGAUAACAGAUUAUUUCUCUUAUGAGCAUUUCUAUGUGAUCUACUGUAAGUUCUGGGAGUUGGACACGGACCACGACCUUUACAUUGACCCUAAGGACCUGGCUCGUUACAACGACCACGCAUCUUCAAGCAGAAUCAUUGAGAGGUUGUUCUCAGGAGCCGUUACACGGGGUAGCUCAGUGCAGAGGGAAGGGAGGAUGAGUUAUGCAGAGUUCAGCUGGUUCCUCAUCUCAGAGGAAGACAAGAAAAACCCUACCAGUAUAGAGUACUGGUUCAGGUGUAUGGACACAGAUGGGGACGGUGUGUUGUCUAUGUUUGAGUUGGAGUACUUCUAUGAGGAGCAGUGUAGUAGGAUGGAGGGGAUGGGCAUUGAACCCCUACCCUUCACAGACCUGCUCUGUCAGAUGCUAGACCUUGUCAAACCUGAAAGCCAAGGUAAGAUAACCCUGUCUGAUCUGAAGAGGUGUAGGAUGGCUCAUAUAUUCUUCGACACGUUCUUCAACCUGGAGAAAUACCUGGACCACGAGCAGAGAGACCCCUUCGCUUUGCAGAAGGACAUAGACAAUGAGUGUCCAGAGCCUUCAGACUGGGAUAAAUACGCUUCAGAGGAAUAUGAGAUCCUGGUGGCAGAAGAGACAGCUAAUGAACAGCUGCAGGAGGGGACAUUUGAUGAUGACUAUGAGGAGGCGGAGCUUCCUGUUCAAGGAGAGAUGGUUGGGAAUAAGAUGGAUAAGCUGCUCAUAUCAGAUCUGUCAGCAUGAAAUUCCCAAAGCCUGGAAUACCGCUCCCUUCUCCUUGGAUAUACAGGAGACAGGGGAGAGAGGAAGAAAUUAAGAAAAAGCUAAAGCGAUGGAGGACUCCAAACUCUCUCAGCUUCUCCUUUCAUACACAGACAGGGACAGAAGGGAUGGUGAGAAGACAGAGGGGGUGGACUGAAAACGAGAGAGAGGAUGGACAGAACGAGAGAGAGGAUGGACAGAACGAGAGAGAGGAUGGACAGAACGAGAGAGAGGAUGGACAGAACGAGAGAGAGGAUGGACAGAACGAGAGAGCACUCUGGCAGCUGUCCUCUCAGCCCUCUGUAGGAGAGAACAUGUUUUCCACUCUUUUAUCUUCAUUGGAGAUUGUGUUGUGUAUGCAUAUGUGUGUGUGUGUGUGUGUGUGUGUGUGUGUGUGUGUGUGUGUGUGUGUGUGUGUGUGUGUGUGUGUGUGUGUGUGUGUGUGUGUGUGUGUGUGUGUGUGUGUGUGUGUGUGUGUGUGUGUGUGUGUGUGUGUGUGUGUGUGUGUUAUCCCAAAGACUGUGUUUGGUGCAAUAAUGUGUCUUAACAUGUUUGUUAUGUAGAAGUAAGAAAGCACAAAUCCUGAUGUGGAGAUACUUCCUGUAUUAUGUUUAUAAUUACUGCCAUAUGGAGAUUUUUCACUGACAAUCAACUACUAGACAAUCAGCUAAUCAAUCAAGUUGUUUUCAAAUGUGUCAAUUAACACACACACACACACACACACACUGUACAUACACACAGCUCUGUGCAAAACACCGCCAUCUUGUGGUCGCUAGUUAUACUGCUGGCUGCUCUUAGAGACGUGUGACGUUUGGAAAAGGGAGCUGUUGGAACACGACUGUCAGCGUUCUCCGUUUAUAAACUCAUUUUUAGUGUUCUAUUUCAGAAUGUUACUGUUAAGUAGUUUGAUAGGCGGGCCAUUGUGUGUUUGAUUCAUUUAGAAUUAGUCAAAUGUUUAAUUCAGUUUGAGAUAAAACGCAUGUACUGUAUAUUCCGUCCGUAUACUUUUCAAAGAGUUCUCUCAAAGCAGAGGCUGCGUCACAAAUGGCAGUCUAUUCCUCAUAUAGUGCACUAUAACUUCUAGGGAGUAGAGUGCUAUUCUAGAUUUGACCAGAAUCAACCACAGUGUACAUAGACUGAGCUGUAACAAACUAACUAUGAACUAACUAUCUCUCUGGCAGAGAUGUUACUGUAUAAACCAAAAUGGACAGGAAUGGAAUCUGCCAAAAUGGGCAGAAGUGACACACACACACACACACACACACACACACACACACACACACACACACACACACACACACACACACACACACACACACACACUUGCUAGCCACAAGGCGCGCUGUCGACACGUGGAACAGAGCUGUAAAGCUAACAGGCGUUUUCAUGUGUCACCUAAGGGGAUGUUCAAAUAGCAUGAUGAAAAGAGUGGGCCUAACUAACUGCCAUCCUGUCAUUAUCCUCUUCAGCAUCAUUUAUUCUUUAGGUUGUCACUGGUGGAUGCUGGUGGUGUUUUAAAGCUGUGUUCAUGCGUGUGUGUGUUUCUUUAAGAGCGACAAUCUGUCCCUAUAUAUCCAUUGUAAAUGUGUAUUUAACUCUACAUAGUGUUGCCAUUGUGUACAGAUGAUGUAUCUGAUGCUUUGUGUUGCUGUGUGGCUCGACGGGGUUCAGUUAUGUGGCGUGUGACCCAAAUGUACAAGGAUGAUUGGUCGGAGGUCAUAGAGGGACACGCCCACCAGACAAAUGACUGUCAAUCAAUUUGUCAAUCACCUAUCAAUCAGUUUGAUAGUCUGAUUGAGUAAUAAGGAGCAUCUUGCUGUGACUGGAUUGGACACACUGGUAGCUCCUCCCUUUAGAGAGACUCAUGCUGUUGUAGAGACACACACACACACACACACACGUUUAUAAGACACUGCUGUGUCUGACGCUAUGCAAACAAUCUGCUUUUUAGCUGACUGCCCUGGGAACACACACACAUCUGCUCUGUACUCGGUGCAGGGGGCAGGGUGAGAAGCCAUGAUGGAACUGCCUCCGACCGGAGACACUUCUGCCGCAAUGAGGACUUUUACUUUGAAAUGUAUGUCUGUUUUAAACAACUUUUACUUCGAUUUUUUUCUCUUAUCUGAUGUUUUACUUCCAGGUUGAUGAGGCUUCAGUAGAUGUUCUUGUGUUCGCAUGGCUUCCUUCUUUCUAUCUUUCAUUUGUUUUCUUUUAAAAGUGGAUUCAAAUAAAGGCGAUUUAAGGUU